CCCACCGGCAUCGGCACCUCCGCCGCCCACGACAAGGGGCCGGCUUCCGUUCCGUCCUCCUAAACAUUCCCCCGCAACGCCUUACCCCGCUCAUCACUCAACACCGGGCGCUUUCUUCUUGCUCCGCCAGUCGCUGCCCGCAGUGAGCCGCCGGCAUUGAAAACACAGCAGGAUGACCACUUCACAGAAACACCGAGAUUUUGUGGCUGAGCCCAUGGGGGAGAAGUCCGUCCGGUGCCUAGCGGGAAUCGGGGAGGUCCUCGGAAGGCGACUGGAGGACCAGGGAUUUGACAGGGCAUACGUGGUGCUGGGACAGUACCUGGUCCUCAGGAAGAACGAAGAUCUUUUUAAAGAGUGGCUAAAGGACACAUGCCAGGCCAAUGCCAAGCAGUGCAAUGAUUGUCACACUUGUCUCCGCGAGUGGUGUGAUGCCUUCCUGUGAAGCUCCUGACCUCUGCUCCCUCCCCCUUUAUACUUUUAUUGGUAUUAAAAUUGUUAAAUUAUCGCUCUUUACCCACUACGCACCUCUCCCUUCCUUUCCACUGUACUCUCCCCUCUGUUUUGAACUUUCUCUUUCAUUUUCUCUGCCUCUUUUAUUAUCACUUUCUUUCAUGUUCUUUCUCUCUCUCGCUCUCGCUUUCUUUUCGUUGCGCUCUCGCUUUCUUUUCGUUUCUCUCCCUCUCUCCCUCUCUCCCUCUCUCCCUCUCUCCCUCUCUCCCUCUCUCCCUCUCUCCCUCUCUCCCUCUCUCCCUCUCUCCCUCUCUCCCUCUCUCCCUCUCUCCCUCUCUCCCUCUCUCCCUCUCUCCCUCUCUCCCCCUCCCUUCCUGCUGACAUGGAUCAAGCCCCCCCUACCCUCAUUGAGUGAGAUACAGUGGCGAGGAGGAUAUGCUGUGGACAGACUCCCAAUGAAGGAAUGACUGACCUGUGGGACUGCUGCAUUGCAGACCCAUCAAGACACUGACCUCUGCCCUGGCACAAAUUUUUAAAAAUCCCUCUCGUCCCCAUCCCUUCCGAGUGCCAGGGUGACCCUGUUUUCGUCCCCACCCCACCCUCCUCUUGCAAGGAGAGAACUGAGUUCAGCUCUGCUUGUGUUUGAGCGAGAGGAGGUAAGGAGAUGUGGCUCGCUGGAAUGGUGUGACCUCUGUUUUCCUGCCUCUCCCUAGCAGACAGCUGCUGGCCAACACCCCCCCCCCCCCCCCCCACACCACCCACACCACCAAUCUGUUUGUUGUAGUGUACACUGUUUAAAACCUCAGCUCUCCAUUCAGUCUGGAGAAUUGGGUCUUUUUUUUUUGCAUGCGUGAGAGCAGACUUACUGCUUUUCAAUGCUGGGAGGAAGGAGUUGCUGGAUCAUUUGGUCCCCCCGCCCCCCCCCCCCCCACACACCUUCCGUGAGCUGUUUUAUCUGUUCUUAACACUCAGCUUCUCCUCGGAUCUGACUUCCCUCGUGCUCCAUGGAGUGUUGUUCGGAAACAUGUUAUUAAAUUUUAUAUAAUAAAACUUAGUAAAAUUC